AUUCUUUUUGACCAGCAAAAAAGCACAUUCAUUCAUUUGUUUCCUGGUUCUUUCGUUCAUUCAUUCAUUCUCUACCUACUUUCGCUUCUUUUAUUGUCACUUCCAGUCGAAUAGCAAGCUUAUUCCGAGGUUCAAAAAACAAUGUAUUACAAUAAAUUCAUCCUUUUGCCCCUGGUGCUGGCCUCCGUGUGUCUUGCGGGCGAAGACACUUGUCCUGCUGAUGCAGUCCCAGUUGUCGUAGUAAAAACCAUUACAACAACUGGCUAUUUUCUUGAACCGACUCCGACACCAGUUGUCCCGGGAGAUACAUCUGUUUCUCCUGUUGCUUUAUUCCCGAGUCCUUCUACUUCAGCUUCCGUCCCGGUUGACGUGAUUGCAACACCUGAAUCUUCCAUCGCGCCGUCUUCUGCUCAGUCGUCUUUGACUACCUUGGUGCCAAAUUCUUCUACUUUAACUUCCAUCCCGGUUGAUGUGGUUGCUACCCCUGAAUCUUCUGUUGCACCGUCAACUAUUCAGUCGUCUUUGACUACUGCGAAGCAAGCGAGCCCUACAACUCUGAUUCCGCAACUUCAGUCAAGCUCUUCUUCUACCACUUCUUCUGCAGCACCGUCAUCGCUUUCUUCUACUGCUACUGCGACCACAUCUUCUGUCGCAGCGACCGAAACCUUCGUCGGAUUGGGCACCAGAUACGGCGGUGAUUGCACUGAAGAAGACUGCUGGCAGAGCGGUGCUUGCAGUUUUGUCGACUAUACUCUUCCAGCCGGUAUUGACGGCAGCACCUGCGUUUCCCAAGACAUCUGGAACAACGGCGCUAACUGCGGUGGAUGUAUCUCUGUCACGUACAAAGGAAAGACUAUCACGGUGAUGGUAACCAACGAAACCGGCGGCAACGCUACUCACCUCGACAUGACACCCGCUACCUGGAGCAAGCUUACCAACGGUUACUCCGGCGGAGGCGUGGACGGCAUUGAAUGGGAAUGGAUCGCCUGUCCAAUUGCACAAACCACCCCUCUCGAAAUCAGAAUGCACGGUGGUGCCAGCAAGUACUGGUUCGCCGCUACCGUUGAGAACGCUCGACUCCGCACUUCUAAGCUCGAGGUUAGCAGUGAUUCUGGUAAGACAUGGGAGGCCGCCGUUCUGGACAACUACAAUAUCUGGACUCUUAGCGGUACUCUCCCUGACAAUACUGCCUGGGUUAGGGUUACCAGCGUCAACGGAGAUCAGGUUAUUGUUGAAAAUGUUGCUCUUCAGUCGGGUGUGACUACUAAGGCUGCUGAGAAUUAUUAGAACUUCUUCUUCGAUCUUUACUGAGAAGUCUUCUGUAACAUGGCCGAGGCUCGGUAUCGAAGUGUCUAAGUUGGCAUCAAAGUCUUCUGGAGUUAUCGUCAGUAUUUAUACAGAUUUGUAUUAUUAGCCGCUACCCAGGCAUGAGACUUAACCACCUUCCAUGGUGUUGCAUAAUUUUGAUCCCUGGACAGGAGUGAUCAUCACUCAUUAUAAUCCGACCCGUACCUGUUAUCACCGCUCUAUGCUUCAUAGCUCUAUGUAUGAAUUGACCCUUCCAUAUGUCUGUAGUAAUCUGCUGAAAACCGAGAUAUUUUCAUGUUUGAUUUGAUACAUGCAUAGAACACCUGGGCAAUGGCAUCUAUCUUGUAAGUACCGUGUUAGGCUUCGUAUAUGUAAAUCGAUCUUUGGCGCAAAAGCCAGAACCAUCCCCAGCCAGGCAGAAUUAUAAUUCUGUCUAAGAGCUGGGAUCGGCUGGUCCAUUCUGUGAACUUCGUCUAAUCGAUUCAUUGCCAUGGGUGAAGUAUAAUUCGAUGAUGUGAUAGAAGUAGAACGGCGGUAUACUCGUACAUGAAAGAACAUCUCAUUGAAUCUUGAACAACUCUCGCACAACCAACAAAAAUCGCAAAGAAUGAGGAAACCCCCUACUCCGGCACCCGACCAGGACGCAUAUCCGAUCUCGUAGGCACAAUAAGCGGGUGCCACUGUGCAAGAAAUGUGAUAGC